UAUUUUCACGUAACUGAGAAAACCUAAUUAAUUAUAUCAACCCUUUUGAAUGAUGAAAUCUGCUAUCUUACUCAUGGUUUCAUGUGUCUUCAUGUUUCUUGUUUUUAGCUAUAUUCAAGACGUGGAAGCUGCGAACAAGAGGUGUCACAUAAAUCAAAUGUAUGAAGGAACAUGCGGGAAUGAUGGAAACAAGGCAUGCUUAGGCGAUUUCAAAAACAAGAAGUUUAAAUAUGAUCUUUGCCAAUGUACUAACGUUAUUCGUUUUUCAACUAAAUUACCUCACCAUCGUCUUUGCAAUUGCAGUCGCCCUUGCUAAUUUAUUUAUAUCCAUAACCAAAAUUCUUGUACUAAUUAAUGAAUCAAUUAACAAGUUGUAAGAAUUUUUGGUAACUAAAAAAGAAG